GCUUUCUACGAUAGACCUACAGUCACCUCGGCUUUCCCGUCGAGGGAAGUUGGAUAUUUUUGUUGAGAUUAUACCUUGAAGCAGGACUCGCUGUAGUUACCACCACUUGUUGCAUCUUUUGGGAAAAUACGACAGAAGAAGAGCUUCUUAUUGCUGACAGGAGACAUGGGGAAACUUUGGAUGGAUGUCUUGCCUUCUGUACGUUUUCGUGUGUGCAAAAUGUUUCAGCUAUGCUUGUUGUAAUACCGUUAAGAUCUGACUGCUGUAUAACACUUGACAUCUGACACAAAUUGGCGGUUGCUUGUCAGUGUGGUUUACGCAUACAAGUGCCAACAUGAAUCUCUCGCUGUCUUUUUGGAGUUCAGUUCGUUUUCUCUGGAUCUUAACUUUUGUAUUGACUGUGAUUGUUACCCUCGGCCAGGGGGCUGAGGCAGCAAAAAGACCCAAGGGGAACAACGUCUGCACCCGCAUAAAAAGCGUUACUGAAGUUUACCGCAUCCCGUUUCCUGGCACCAAGACCAAGACGAUACGAUACACGACAUUAUGUGGAAUUCAGGGCCGCUGCAGUCGAUACAGACUUGUGUACGUGCAUAACUACCGAGAGGAGACGCGUACUAUUUACAGAGUUGUUCAAGAAUGUUGCACAGGCUGGGUGCAACGUGGCAGGAAGUGCAUGACAGCGCCAGCACCAGUUACCACAGCUGGUACCCUGACGACUACAACACCAGCCACGACCCUAGGAAGUGGUACCAAGAAUGAACCUACCGGCGGGCCAACAAAGACCCUGGUGUACAGACCAAAUGGGAUAACGGACCGUUCUGUAACCAAACAAGAGGUGGGAAUUGUAGGGGUAGGAAAGGUGAAUACAGAAAGCAGAAACCGGGUAGGAUUUGAAAUCUCACCAACUGAGCGAGAGCAAGAUCGAGAGAGAGCGCGAUCAAAGAAUGGCAAUGGUGAUGGUCCUGGCCGAGAGGGCAUACAUGGACGAACAGAAAUAGACGGUACAAGUAACACAAAGAUUGAUGAAAGUAGUCUUCAAGAUUCUUUUCCUAUUGAUGAGGGAGUUGACCCUGCUACACCGGAUAUGCAGCCUCCACAGAAAGAUUCUGGUAUGAUGUUCCUGACUGGCAUGUUAUGCGGUGUGGGUGUGUUGUCGCUAGCUGCUGUCGUCAUCUUGUUCUUAAUGUACCGGCAACGAAGGAGUAUGGAUAGCAGACUAACUGGACUUACAUUUCUUCAAAGCACAAGAACUAGUUCCUGUUCCUUCCGAAAAUCCAAGCUUUUGGCUCUAGCUCAAUCCAUCAAAGCUGGAGAGGUGAAGAUAAUCAGAGAAUCAACCAAAAAAGGAAAAGCAAGUGACCACUCACCAUAUGCAGACAUCGAAGAGAUGCAGAGAGGAAUUAAGUAUGAUAACUUGACCAAAUCUUUGCCUACCAUAUCGUCGAAGUUGACAGAAAAAGAAUCACCCACCCUUAAACCUUCCAAGACGAUGACGCAAGGUAAAUCUUCUUCCUCAAAGUUGCCACUUCAGAAUGAACGCCAGUUACCCCCGGAACCUCCAACUUACGCCAUCAUACAGAGAGUGGCAACGAAGAAAAAAGCACAAGAGGCGCCUUGGUGUGAAAAUGAGCCCCACUCUUCCUCAGAAUCCCGAUACAGUACCAUGUAUGCUACACCUGACGCUGCCCUGAAAGGCAACAGUCGCACGAUUCCUCGUGAAUUCAACAUGGGCCCACCGCGUUACAUCCUGUGUGAAUCGCAACACAUCUACGCUGACAUACAGCGUAAGUCUAAAGCGAGUACAUGGAGUUUUUCAAAAAAAUCCCGACCGAAAUCCACUGUGUCCGCUGGCGAGAGACCCAGACAAUCAAGUCGCAAACGAAGCCGAAGCUUGAGUCGCAACUCACUCCAAAGUAUCGUCAAGAGAGGUAGCAAUGCAGGAAGUUCCGGUUAUAGUUCGCUUCGAGGAAGCAGGGAGAACAUCUUUGAGUGUGCGGAAGAACGUUCAGGCUUACCAAAUCCAAAUAUUUACUCCGAGACAAUACCCAAAGACAUGGGCACAACAGAACAUUAUGACAGGCUGGACUUGAUUACAUCUGACAGCUUGACGGAGUACGACAAACUCGAUCGAGGUCUCAAGACACCUCGAGGCGCUGGUCUUGUCAAAACAUUUUCUAAAAAAUACGAGAAACUUGCGAUGAGCGUUAACAAAAGAUGAGCGCCAAUAAUCAUAAAUACAUUGAAUCUCAAGAUGUAUGAAUAAGGCAAAAUGAUCUAUUUAAAGGCUUGCUGUCGACAAUUUAGUCAGUGAACAGAAAAGUCUGAGUAAUGCUUCUAAAUGCACUUCUUGUAUCUCGUAGAUGAAAAAAGGCUGCAAGAAAAAACAAACAAACAUGAAGUUAAUCCUGAAUAAUCUGACAUUUCUCUGAUUACCUAUCAGUAAUAGACAUAUUCAGUGACAAUAAGAUGAUGCAGGAAGAUGCAGUAAGAGACUCGGAAAUUCGAUAAGAAACAGGAACAGGAGUGUGCUAACUGGUCAUUUCAAGGACUGGUACUAACUGGUCAUUUCAAGCACUGGUACUAACUGGUCAUUUCAAGCACUGGUACUAACUGGUCAUUUCAAGCACUGGUACUGAUUAAGAUUAACUAAGGGAACUGACCGUACAAUCUAACCCGAGGUUUGGCAUUAGUUGCACGCAUUUCCCAGAUUACAGUAUCAAUGGUCGGAAACCGUUGCGAUUUCCUCUUUAAAGCUCUGGAUUAGAUAAAUGGUGACCCUGAUUUUUGACACUGACGUAGCUUUCAGAUAGAGUUCACACUUUUAGAUAGUGUGAUGCAGUGAAAGACCCCUUUUAUCUUGUGGGGUGGACUUUCAGAUGGACAUGUCACCAUUAUUUCCUGUAGUUGUGCCAAGAUGUAAAUAAUAACCAAGAUGGUUCUUGUUUUUUGCGGAUUCGUUUGACAAUUCUCUUUUUAACAGUGUUUAUUGAGUUUGAACCGUUAGGUCAUCAGGUGUGUAUUUAUGUAUGAUGUGUUUUAAAGCCAAAUUGAUACGCAUCUGGGCGCACAUGAUGACUGCUUAGACCAGGCAAGGGGUAGUAAACGAAUACCGUCAAAUGUGUUGGACAAAUAACAGACGAGGGUGUUCAAGCUAGUCUCGCUGAGAAGGUUGAAGUGUAAAGGAUAAUAUACAUGCGCGUUCAACAUUGUGAAUAAACGUCAAUAGAAUAUGCUAUUUCUGUAGAUUAUAGCCUUUACAGAUUAUUGUUCAGAUUAUUUGAAAUGCCUCGUCUUCAUGUUUGUGCUGACGAGAGAGGGCGACAUAACAGAUAUUCGGUAUCUUUUCCGUAUUUCGUCAAGGCCGAUGUCAUGUCAUGACUCCCUAGCCAUUUCUAGGGCUCUACGCAACAGACUGUUUUGGGUGUUUGGUUUACCUCAUACCCAGGAAAUUUGACCUACAUGCUUUAUUUUCAUGAGCUGAAUUGGUAAAUAUCCUCAGGAUGCGAAAAUGAAAGUAGAAAAUUCCAAUGGAUCACAUGAGCUGUGACCAGCCGGGGUAGAUCAUGAAUGUUGGAUCAACAACGACACAAACCCUUCUUUGUGAGUAUGUAUUUAAACGGGAAAUUGUUUCUCAUGACCCAGAUUGUCUUGCUGAGACAGUAAACUUUGAGCCCUGCUGUUCAUUGAAGUUUCAUUCCAUUGGGUUUAAUUUUCAAGUUUAUUCAGAGGCAUGUCCUGUUAUUUUGCGGUUUUUCAAGUUAAAAACACUUGCUUAUGUUCACUUUGGAUAUUCAAGACCAAGAUGAUUCUUCUUGUGUCCUUGAGUUCACUCUGUUAGAGGUGAUAUUAGAACACCAUGUACAUAAUUAAAAGAAAAGAAAAAACACACAGAGACACUUAAUUGUUUUUUGAAGAGGUCUCUGUGAUGUAUCAUUUUACUCCCACAUUAGGAGUUGAUUUGUGUUCUGUUUCUUUUAUUCUUUGAAUAUGACAUAAGUACAAUCUACUGCUCGAAUAUAAACAAAAUAAUGACGAGUCGGGAGACUGAUCAGUGACGACGCUGAGCCGGGCUAUAUUGGGGUAGGCUCGACUUGUGCUAAAUCGUCAAAAGUUCUCUGCGCCAAAUUCUGAAGUCAUUUUGUUUUUUGUCCUCUUCCAACAGCGUAAAAAAUGCGAAAUCAAACAGUUGCUUUUCUGUUGAAAAUAUCAAUAAAAUACAGUAGAUAUUACUGUUUUCGGAGUAUUCUGUAAAAUACACAAAUCUGUUCCACUCGCUGCGCAUUUUUUUCUGCUCUUCUCUCUUCGGUUACAGACAGAUCGCCAUUAAAUUAAAGUUCUGUCCGUGAACAAGAAAUGUCAUGUUACAGGCAAGCCGUCGGUGCCUUUUCUGUUCAUACAUAGUAACAUCACUCUUUCCGAAAAGAUAUUUCUCUUUUGCUGUAACCAGAAUUCAUUCAGGCUGCAUACAGCCAAUGAGAAAAGAGGACAAAGAUAAUUCAAACAUCCACAUAUUGCUACACGCAAAAUUCAAAAUUUGCUAAUGGGAAACCUCUAGAUACCUUUUAUUAAAACAAAAUGCCCUCGACUGACAAACACAAUUGUUUUAUACACCCGACAACCGCCCUUUUUGCGAUAGUAGUGCAAGAGUAGAAUCUUUGUUAGUAUACAGAGAAAAAUCGACAGUAGAAUGUGCUGUCCCAAAACAGCAACUUCGGUAAUGCAAAUUGACAAUAGAGUUUACUGUUAUUUAACAGACAUUUUUAAAGAGUCAAUCCUUGUUACAUCUACCAUCAUACGUGAACUACGAAUGAGCCUUUUAACUUUUUUUGUAAAUACUUUUGUGUAUUAGUUAACUCUUUGUAUAAAUUAUUAAUUUGGAAACUUUUCUAAUGGUUUAUUAUAUCGACGAUUCCAGUAUGAGUUAAUAAAACAAUGUAAUUUUGAUCUGAUAGUAACUGUCUGAAACACCAAAAUAUUUGUCUGAUUCUUGUCUUAAAACUAAGUUUUUGUUUGCAGGAAGCCCAACUGAUACGAAACCAUUACAGAACCAACGUACAUGUUGUCUUGAAGAGAUGCCUUCAUGGGUUCUGUGUAAUAAAUAGUUUUGUCAACUUCAAUUUUGGACAAAGGAAUUUCUAAGAACUUAACCAGAGAUGGAGGGAACUUACUUGCUAAAAUAAGUGCUCUUUCGAAUUUAAAAUGUAGGGCCUAUAAGAAAUUGAUACCAGGCGAGUGCAAAAUUCUUCAAUUUAAUUUUUCUACACAUCUAUAAACGUCCGUCUCUUCUGCAUUGACAUGAUGUUAAACUGUAUUUGUUUUUCUAGAUAGAAACAGUGCGCGUAUAACUUUCAUUCAGAUUACACCACCUUUCUUGGGAAAUUCCUUUCUAUUAAAAACAGUGCUGGGUAUUUCCUUGAGGAAAUGAAACAACAUGACCCGAGCUAAAUUAAAUAAACAACAAGGAAAUAAAAACAGACCGAAAAACCAGACACAUAAAUUCUUAAAAUGGCCACCCAUGGCUCGUAUUAAUGCAGUUACACGUUCAUUGAGGGCGGUUACAACAGAAAUUCACAUUAUUUUGCGGGAUACCCAAGCUUCGUCAGCCGUAAGAAAGCGAGACAAAUUUCAC